AUGCCAAAAGCACCAAAGAACCAAAAUGCUCAUAACAAUGAUAAACCUUAUCCCAAAGAAGUAAUCCCACCUACAUGUGAAAUGUACAAGGCAAUGUUGAAUGAAAGCUAUGUGUUAGCAUACUUGAUAGUAAAAAGUGACGAAUCAUUUAUCAUUGUUAAUGUAUUCAAUAUUGAAUUGCGCGUGCCAACACUUCAAGAUAUUUAUAAUAUUACCGACACAAGCAAAACACGGAGUCCCAACGGCUUCAUUAUUUUUCGCAAAGUAAUUUCAAAUUACUUUAGCUUAAAAGGUGAUCAAGCUACCAAAAAACUUAAAUCAGUUGCUACAGUUUCCACACACGUUAAACUAAUGUGGAAAUACUCGACAGAUGACCUUCGGGCAGCGUUUCAAGAUCUUGCCAAGACAUAUCAAAUAGCAUUCAGUAUUAAUGUUGUCGUUUACAAGGAAUACAAGUAUCCCGAAAUUACUGAGAAAAAAGAAAAAAUAAAUGAUGCUGUUGAUGAAUCUGAAGUGGAUGGAGAACCUGAAGUGGAUGGAGAACCUGAAGUGGAUGGAAAUGUUGUGGUUGAUGGUGUUGUUGAUGAAAUUGAAGCAGAGUAUGGAGAACUCGACUUUGACGCAGGCGUUAGUCAUGACUUUGAAGUACUUAUGAAUGUCCGUAAUAUUAAUAAUCCUGUGGGAUUAGAUUAUUUAUCAUCACAACAACCUUAUUAUGGCCAUAACACACAUUCAGUUUCUUCACCACCAUAUCGUCCGCUUACUUUUGAUACAUUACAAUUAAAUCAAUUAAAUCCAUUAAAUCAACAAUAUACUGAUAUGCUCAUUCAGGAAGACCAUACCCUAAAUACCACCACCGCUCCGCCCGACAAUUAUAUUCCCAUUCCUCAUAUUAACCCUUCUUACGAACAUGUGGGUUCCUAUGACAGUAGCAUCUGUAGUAGCGGUGGUAAUAGCAUUAUACAGACUCCUCCAAAUUGCCCUUUCUCAUUCCGAAUGCAAACGCAACAAAUGCAUCAACAGGACGCAUCGCAGCAAAUUCAUCAACAUGACACAGUUUCUGAUUACGAUCAAACUAACUUCACUCAUAUUCCGUCUGAAAAACCCUAUGAUGAUUUUGCUAGUUAUAUUAAUGAUUUAAUUUAUUGGUCGAGAUAG